UCCUCGGCCGAGUCAGUCAGUCUGUCGGAGUCUGUCCUCGGUGCAGGAGGAGCGAAGGGAUUUCGAAGACAUCCCUGUCCUAUUAUUUUCUUUCCCCUCCCUCUUUCCCACCCCACAUCUCUCUUCACCCCUCUCUCGCCCUUACGCAGCCAUGGCGGAGCUGUCGGCGGCCACUCAGUCCCCUUCCGUCUCCUCGUCGUCCUCCGGAGCCGAGCCCUCCGCGCCCGGCAGCGGGAGCCCAGGAGCCUGCCCCGCCCUGGGGGCGAAGAGCUGCGGCUCCUCCUGUGCGGAUUCCUUUGUUUCUUCCUCUUCCUCUCAGCCUGUAUCUCUAUUUUCGACCUCACAAGAGGGAUUGAGCUCUCUUUGCUCUGAUGAGCCACCUUCAGAAAUUUUGACUUCCUCCUAUUUUUCAACUUCUGAAAUACAUAAAACUGACCUUGCAGUACUACAUGGAGAACAAAGCAAAGUGUUAGGCAGCCAGCCUAUUUUGGCCAAAGAAGGAAAAGACUGCUUGGCUCUUCUAGAUGUGAAAAAGAUGGAAAAACCUCAGGGGACCAGCAAAGACGGAGCCAACUCCCCGGUUUCUGUUGCGGAAGGCGGUCGCUGUAGCCGUCCUUCCAUUCCAGCCAGUUUCCCAGAUCAUCCUGCUUUUCUCUCAAAGGAAGUUGUUCGAAGCGAGAAGCAGAUAAAUAAAGACCAAGAGUCCAAGAACCCAAACGAGAUACCAAGUAGGAAUGACAACUCUGUCUUGGAUGCCGAUGACAAGCUUACUUUGCUAACAGCCCAGAAACCACCCACUGAGCAGCCGAAGGCCGAAGGCACUUGUACGUACUCCUUAUCCCCAUCCAAAGUUUCAGGAGGCGGUAUUAUUGAAAAGGAUUCCCCUGAAUCACCAUUUGAAGUAAUUAUUGACAAAGCAGCAUUUGACAAAGAAUAUAAAGACGCAUAUAAGGAGAGUGCAAAUGAUUUUGGUAGCUGGGCAAUGCACACUGAUAGAGAAUCAUCUGCAGACAUUUCAGAGUCUAAUGACAAAGUAUUUCCACUAAGAAAUAAAGAGACAGGGCGUUUCCCAACCUCUGCAUUGCUCACUAGACAGUUUUCACACACAACUGCAGCACUGGAAGAGGUGUCUAGGUGUGUGAAUGAUAUGCAUAACUUUACUAAUGAAAUACUGACGUGGGAUUUGGUUCCCCAAGUGAAACAGCAGAACGAUCAAGCUGACUACAUCACAAAAACUGUAGGAUUUGACAUGAGUGAAUAUAAUUCAGAAAUUCCCGUUGUAAAUCUUAAGACUAACACUCAUCAGAAAAUUCCCGUAUGUUCUAUUAAUGGGAGCACUCCCAUCACUAAAUCAACAGGUAACUGGGCAGAAGCGUCUCUCCCACAAGAAAAUGCUGUCAUUGAAAAACCUAUACCAGACUCUCUUGAUUCCACAACAGACAUCAGUAUCAAAGGUGUGCGAGGCAAUGUGCAGAAACAAGGUGACACACUUUCAGAGUUACCUGGAUCUCCGUUUGAGAAAUGCAUCUCUGUGGGCUCUGGAAUGGCCACAGUAAAAGUGUUUUUACCUGAUGGCCACCAGAAAGGUGAAAUGACCUGGCAGAACGCUAUGUUGGGAGAAGUGACAGAGGCUGAUAGUUCUGGUGAGUCUGAUGACACAGUAAUAGAGGACAUCACAGCCAGUAUUUCAUUUGAAAGUAACAGAAUUCAAGCUGAAAAACCUGUUUCCAUUCCAAGUGUUGUUGUAAAGGCAGAUGAAAAAGAAAUCAAAGAGAUUCUCAAUUAUAGCAGAGAAACCAAAACAUCUGAAAACUUUGAAAGGUCAGUCAGUGACUCUCAGCCACAAGUUAAGCCUGAUAUUGUUGCAAGGAGUCCAGCUGGUAUGGCAGCAGGUUCCCCAGUACCUGAUAUGAAUGUUAUGUCAGAAAAUGUGAAGCAGUCAGAUAGAAUGAGCGAUAUUAUUCCUGAAAAGGCCGUUACAACUGAGGAUCCAAAACUUCCUUCAGCAGCAUCUUCAAAUGUUAAUGAGACAGAAUUCUCACUAAAUGUGACAGCCUCUGCCCAUUUGGAGUCAUUAGAUGAAAAAAGUAUUAAAGAUAUAGAUGAUUCUUCCCCAGAGGACCUGAUGGCCGCCUUUACAGAAACCAGGGAGAAAGGAAUGGUAAAUAAAGGCAAAGGAAACGCAUUUGAAGCAACAUCAGAGAAAACAGUGGACUUCAAAACAACCCUUCCUAUAGAAGUCUUGUAUGAAAGUGGGUCAAGUGGUUCUGAAGUUAAAGACAUGAAAAGCAAAUACUCUCAUCAAAGCAAAGAAAUAAGUGGAAGUGAGCCUCUGGAUGCUUUCCCUGCCCAGUGUACUUCAGUUGCAUCUCUUGACUUAGAACAGGAACAGCUCACAAUCAGAGCCCUUAAAGAACUGAGUGAAAGGCAGGCUGAGAAGUCUGCUUCUGCACGGGAUAAAGUAGAACCUCGUUCUGAAGAAACACUCAAACAGAUUUUCACAUUUGCUCCAGAAUCUUCUCAGCCACAGAGGUCACAUGAUGUCCUAGAACACACAGAUGUCCAAGGAUCUGAUUUUGGGAUUUCCAAAAAGCCCACUAUUAUCAAAGAAACUUCUAGUGUAGAUGUUACUUCCAGCCUUAGCAAGACUGAACUGGUAAACAAGCAUGUUCUAGCAAGACUUCUGGCAGACUUCUCAGUGCACGACCUGAUUUUCUGGCGAGAUGUGAAGAAGACUGGGUUUGUCUUCGGCACCACGCUGAUCGUGCUGCUCUCGCUGGCAGCUUUCAGCGUCAUCAGUGUGGUUUCUUACCUCAUCCUGGCUCUUCUCUCCGUCACCAUCAGCUUCAGGGUCUACAAGUCUGUCAUCCAAGCUGUACAGAAGUCAGAGGAAGGCCACCCAUUCAAGGCCUACCUGGACGUCGACAUCACUUUGUCCUCAGAAGCUUUCCAUAAUUACGUGAAUGCUGCCUUGGUGCACGUCAACAAGGCCCUGAAACUCAUUAUUCGUCUCUUUCUGGUAGAGGAUCUGGUUGACUCCUUGAAGCUGGCUGUCUUCAUGUGGCUGAUGACCUAUGUUGGUGCCGUUUUCAAUGGAAUCACCCUUCUGAUUCUUGCUGAGCUGCUCGUCUUCAGUGUCCCGAUUGUCUAUGAGAAGUACAAGACCCAGAUUGAUCACUAUGUUGGCAUCGCCCGUGAUCAGACCAAGUCGAUCGUUGAAAAGAUUCAAGCAAAACUACCUGGAAUUGCAAAGAAAAAGGCAGAAUAAAUACAUGGAAACCAGAAAUGCCACAGUUACUAAAACACCAUUUAAUAGUGAUAAUGUUGUUUCUUGUACUAUGAAGGAAAGUGCUCAGUGUCAGCUUGAGCCUGCAUUCCAAGCUUUUUUUUUCUUCAAUUUGGUGUUUCCCCCUCCUUUCCCUUUACCUGCAGUAUCAAGCACAAGAAUUAUUGGACUAAAAAAUGAACUGAUGUGUUAGAACCCAGGAGAAUAAAGACAGAAUCAGCUGAAUGGAUAAAUCAAUACCUUAAUGGUGGUAGAGCUUUUCCAUGUAGCUCGAAAGAGGAAAGAUGGGAGGGUAAAGGGAGAAAAGGAAAAUAAAAUACAUCUUUUGGGUUCUUCUAUUUAAUUUUCAAAGCUAUGUAAUUUUCUUACAUAGCUUCCCAUCAUAAUUUUGCCCUCUGUUUAAUUUAAGAAAUAAUGGUUAACUUAAGAAGAAAUUAUCUGGGGACAAGAGUGGGAUUCCAUCCCGUGGGUUUGUGGUUUUUUGCAGCCCUAGAUCCCAUCUUCCUGCCCCACAAUGUGAGCAGCUACUCCUCAUAUUCCUCUUCUUCACUUAUAGAUGUAACUUUCAAUUCUAUGAAUAACUUAUAGGUGAUAGUAAUAUCCUGGUUCCCAGAAUGCCAUCUGGUAGCCGAGAAAGGGAACGGAAAGGGGCCUGCAAAGGGAGUCAGCAGGAGCGCAGCCCGCGCACUGCUCCCUGCGGCCUGGCCCUGGGGAAGGAAAGGCUCCGCCCUCCGGGAACGCGGUGUCAGGGUCAUUUUGGACAUCAGUUCUGAGCUUCAGUUUAGAACUCAUUCCUGAAUGUGCUUUCCUCCCUCUUCCUACCCACCUCACCUCAAGUUUAAUAAAUGUGGUUGUACUUUUCUUAUUAUGGAAUAAA